AGGCAGGGCCCAAAGACACUGCGGCCAGGAAGCGGCUCGAAUUACACCGGGGGUGCUCGCGGGGGGAAUGACACCCACUGGAGUGAAGGAGGAGGGCAGUGUGUAGAGACGCAAGGAGGAGAAAAAAGCUUGUAAACCUGACAAAGCGUCUGAGAAACAGUGCGAGGACUGUCGGCGGAAAAAUAGAAACAGACGCGAAAGACGCUCUUUUCACUAGGGGAACGCACAUUGAUGGAUUUUAUGACAUUUUGCAUCGGACAACUAUCCACUUGUAGCCUACCUUUUACACCCCGUUCCACCUCCCUUUGUAGCUGCAAACUUUCUAUUUAGUUGACAAGUGCGCUGCUCGGGAACACUGGGCAUGUUUUGCGCCCUAGAAGAAACUUGGUGACGGGGGAGGAAAGUUUCGGGGGGGGACAGCGGUAUGGUUUUCCGGGCUGUUUUGGAAGGAUAACGCGUGUAAACUCGGAUUUCUUUGCAUGGCAUUGGACUACGCUGCCAGUCGCGUUUGGAAUAUAUCUUCUGAUCUGAGUUGAUGCCGGCUGACUGUGGAAUAGUAAACUGAAAAAGGCAGCGCCUCGCAGAUUUUUUUUUUUUUGGUGCAUUGAGGAGUUGGAGACAUUCCUCCCUUUGGAUUCAGCUCAUGCUCUCUCCUCCCUUAUCUGUGCAUGCCAAAACAGAGAUCUCCACGAUUUUAUUCCUCCCUGCCCAGGUGAUUGGGUGAAUUCCACUGAGUGACAGGCCGACCCGGCAGCAGUUGAUGGUUGGGCGGACUCCCUCAGAUGGGAUCAGUGUCCAGGGGGAGGUGGAGAAGGGGGGUAUGGGGAGCGCUGGCCCCCACUAACGGGAUGGCCUCGUGGGCCUGGCUGCUGGCCGCCGUCCUGCUGUCCCUGCUGACCGUCAGCGUGGCCCGGCCGCCACUCACCGCCACCAAGGAGGAGGAGGCCACUCUGGAACCUGAAGACGCAUCCAACAAAUACCAAAUUUCUAAGCCCACGGUGUGCUCAGUGCACCCUGGGGAGGUGCUGAAGCUAAGCUGCCCUCUGCCGUCGACUGGGACCAUCACCUGGACCAAAGACGGCAGCUCUCUGGGCACCAACAACCGCACGCUGAUAGAGCAGGAGGUGCUGCAGAUCCGUGAUGCCACGGCCAAGGAUUCGGGCCUGUACACCUGCACCAGUGUGGGCAAAGACACGGUCUGCUUCAUAGUGAAUGUCACAGAUGCCAUCUCGUCGGGGGAUGAUGAAGACGAUACAGAGCGAUCGGAGGACGCUGGGGCGGACGGAGAGCAGAUAAGCGCUCCAUAUUGGACCUUGUCAGCAAAGAUGGAGAAGAAGCUGCAUGCGGUGCCAGCUGCCAACACAGUCAAGUUCCGCUGUGCUGCAGGAGGCAACCCCCGGCCCAAGCUGCGCUGGCUUAAAAACAGCAGGCCUUUCCGCCAAGAGGACCGCAUGGGAGGGUAUAAGGUGCGUAGCCAGCACUGGACCCUGAUCAUGGAGAGCGUGGUGCCGUCGGACAAGGGCAACUACACCUGUCUGGUGGAGAAUGAGUUUGGAUCCAUCAACCACACAUACACCCUGGAUGUAGUAGAACGGUCCCCUCACCGGCCUAUUCUCCAGGCUGGUCUCCCAGCCAACACCACUGUAAACGUUGGGGAGGACGCGCGCUUCGUCUGCAAGGUCUACAGCGACGCCCAACCUCACAUCCAGUGGUUGAAGCACAUUACUCAGAAUGGCAGUCGCUAUGGCCCCGACGGACACCCCUAUGUCCGAGUGUUAAAGACCGCAGGUGUUAACACUACAGAUAAGGAGAUAGAAGUUCUCUACUUGCCCAAUGUAACAUUUGAAGAUGCUGGGGAGUAUACGUGCUUGGCGGGUAAUUCUAUUGGGAUCUCCUAUCACACUGCUUGGUUGACGGUGCUUCCAGCCCUCGAGAAAACCCCCGGGCCCCUUUCCCCAGACUAUGUGGAGAUUGCAAUAUACUGCGCGGGAGUCUUCCUCAUCGCCUGCAUGGUGGGCAUUGUGGUGGUUUGCCGAAUGAGGAACACUGCAAAGAAACCCGACUUUGGGGGCCAACCGGCAGUCCACAAACUGAGCAAGCAGAUCCCUCUGCGCCGCCAGGUAACAGUGUCGGCAGACUCAAGCUCUUCCAUGAACUCCAGUACGCCGCUGGUACGCAUCACAACACGGCGGAGCUCUGCGCAUGAUGAGCCAAUCCCUGAGUAUGACCUUCCUGAGGAUCCACGCUGGGAGUUUUCCCGGGACAGAUUGACCCUGGGCAAGCCCCUAGGUGAAGGUUGCUUCGGCCAAGUUGUAAUGGCAGAGGCCCUGGGCAUCGAUAAGGACAAACCCAAGGAGGCUGUAACUGUUGCUGUCAAGAUGCUGAAAGAUGACGCCACAGAGAAAGACCUGUCUGACUUGGUGUCAGAGAUGGAAAUGAUGAAGAUGAUUGGCAAACAUAAGAACAUCAUUAAUCUUUUGGGGGCCUGUACACAAGACGGACCCCUCUAUGUGAUAGUGGAGUACGCCUCCAAAGGCAACCUUAGGGAGUAUCUCCGAGCCCGCCGGCCGCCCGGCAUGGAAUACUCCUAUGACAUCGCCCGUGUCUCAGACGAACAGCUUACUUUCAAAGAUCUGGUCUCCUGCACUUAUCAGGUGGCACGGGGCAUGGAGUACCUAGCAUCUCAGAAGUGUAUACACAGAGACCUGGCAGCCAGGAACGUCCUGGUCACAGAGAGCAACGUCAUGAAGAUCGCUGACUUUGGCCUGGCCAGGGAUGUCCAUAACAUCGACUACUAUAAAAAGACGACCAAUGGUCGUCUCCCGGUAAAAUGGAUGGCUCCAGAGGCGCUGUUCGACCGGGUCUACACACACCAGAGUGAUGUCUGGUCAUUUGGGGUGCUGAUGUGGGAGAUCUUCACCCUAGGGGGCUCCCCCUACCCUGGCAUUCCUGUUGAAGAGCUCUUCAAGUUGCUCAAAGAGGGACAUCGCAUGGACAAGCCUGGCAACUGCACCAACGAGCUGUACAUGAUGAUGAAAGACUGCUGGCAUGCCAUUUCAUCCCAGAGACCCACCUUCAAGCAGCUAGUAGAGGAUCUGGAUCGCAUCCUCACCCUCAACACCAAUGAGGAGUAUCUGGACCUGUGCGCCCCAGCAGAGCAGUAUUCCCCCAGCUUCCCCGACACUCGCAGCUCCUGCUCCUCCGGUGAUGACUCUGUGUUUUCCCACGACCCCUUACCGGACGAGCCCUGCCUCCCCAAGUACCAGCACAUCAAUGGAAACGUCAAAACAUGAGCCCCCACUCGCCCUCUCUCCCAUCUAGACCUGCCCCAGUCUUACCCCUCAACGUCCCAAAACACACGUAGCACAGACACCCUCUCCGAAAUCCUCCCAACCUCCUGCCCCCCCAACACCCCUCUGGCUCCCAGUGGACUAAUGGACCCAGACGGGACUGGGCUGGUGGCAGCGCUGCUGUCACACACUCAUACUGCCAUGCACACACACUACAUACACUACGUGCUCACAUGAGGUCUUAAAGGAGAGGACAGGGACGCUACAGAAGCUGUUUUUUACUGACUGAAUGAAUUGACGUUCCCUGGGGACCCUCCUCCUCCUCUCCCUUCAUAUAAACACACAGAAUUUUCUUUUGGUUCUCAUGUUUGUACCCAGAGGAUUUUUUUUUUUUAUACAAUUCACAACGUUACUUGUUUGGUGAUCCCAUUCCAGUGGCUGGCAUUCCAAGACUGCUCCUGGAGGAAUGUAUGGACCGAUGUGAACUUAAAAAACAAGGGACUAGAAGAGGAGGACAAAUAGGAAAAUAACUGAGAGGCAGAGCUUCAACUAACAAAACAGAGGAAUAGAAGGAGAGCACAUAUAGAAACUGCUCUCCUGUUUAUUUUGUAAUAUUGAUGCAUUUCUUUUUCAGUUCUCUUGAUAAACCUUCCCAAUUAUUCUGGAGAAAAAAAAAUACACAGUAGAAUGUAUAGUGCUGGGUAUAUUUGUAAAUAUAUUCAAAUAUGUAUAAAUAUAUAUUAUAUAUUUACAAUGAAUUAUUUUUUGUAUGGUCUCCGAAAUAACCCCAACCCUCCCUACCCUACUUUGAGUUUGAGGCAGGUAUGCUAACGGUUAUGUGUCCUAUAUUUCUUUUCACACACAAACUCACACAUACAGACAUGGAUACACACUUUAAUAUACACAAACACCUGUCUUACUCUCACUCAGUAACACAGUUGAGUAUUGGCUUUCAGGGACUGAGGUAGCAUGUUAAUUUAUUGACUUAUGUUUUUUUUGAGAUGAAUCAAAAAAGUCUGGAAAAAAGAACAAAAACAAUAUGGCAAAAAUUAUGACAUUAAUGAUGCUGAUAAUACAUAAAUAAUCCAUUAAAUGUAUGGUAAUUUAAAAUGAUCUUUCAGCAGUAACAGAAAAAAAGCUAUUUUCAGUGGGUUUGAAAGAUCCAUGUUUUGUAAGUUUUAUAUAUGAAUGUGAAUAUUAAGUUAAAUUUUAAAAACUGUACAUUUUAUAGUCAGCUAAUCCCUUUCUUAUGUAGAUGUUGAUGCCAUUUCUAUCCAGUCAUUUUACUCUUUCUUAGCUUUGCUUUAGGAAACGAGAUUGAUUUCUGGAUAUUUAUAUAUGAUUGAAAGAAAAAGAUUUUGGAAAUACCUACUUGCAAUCCGCUCCCUCUUUUAGACUAAAUAUAGACUCCAAAUUUACUUGACACAAUUGAAAGCUGAAAAACAAAGUAUUAAAUCAUUCAAGUGUUUUUUGUCUUUUUCUACUGGACCAACUUUAAGAUGUUCUUAUGCAAGUGUUCAUGCCACAUUUGCGAAAUAAAUGAUGGAAAAAUA